AAUGAGUGCACAGGUUUUAUUUCGUGUUGUGUGUCCAACUUAACUUUCUCAAACUGUAAUAAUAGUUGGAAACAAUUCAGCAUUAGGCAAUUGGAAUCCUUUAAAUGGAUUUAAAUUGAGCACUAGCCCGGAUACUUAUCCAGUUUGGAUGAAUGAGGAUCCUUUGGAAGUUGAGCCAAGUAGCUUUAUGUAUUAAUCGCUAGAUGAAAUUUUGGAGUUCAAAAUAGUUAUAAGUGAUGGAAUAAAUUUCUAAUGGGAAAUCGGAGCAAACAGAUUGAUACAAAUCUUAAGUCAAAAGAUGGUAGUGAUCUUGACUUUUGAUUAACAACCCCUUAUUAUUCAUAAUAUCAGAAGACUGUUCUCAAAUACUGAUUUAACUAAUAUUACUGAGUGUAUUUUACUUAAUUAUAUUUAGCCAACGCAAGAAAGAUUUCAAUAUAGUUACAAGAGAAAUUGUAUGACUCCGAUGAAGACUCAGUAAUACUUUAAAUCAUAUUGAUUAGGAUCAAGAAUUAGAGAGUGAUGAGAAUUCAUAAUUUUAUGAUGAGGAAACCUCAUUGAUUUCGAAUGAGCAAUAUUAAUGCAGUCCAAAAAAAUAAUCUAAUACUCAAGAAUGCCAACUUUAAUUUGGAUGUCUCGAUCUUUGA